CAUUCCAGAGCCAGCCCUAUAACACCACACAUCGCUAACAAACUUCUCCUAUCACCGGCUCUCUCGUCCUCGGAUCCUCGCUCUAGGGUUUUAGCUUCUCUUUCUCUCAGAUCUGAGCACAAGACUACACCAUGGGUAAGGAAAAGGUUCACAUCAACAUUGUUGUCAUUGGACAUGUCGACUCUGGAAAGUCAACGACCACUGGCCAUUUGAUCUACAAGCUUGGAGGUAUCGAUAAGCGUGUUAUCGAAAGGUUUGAGAAAGAAGCUGCUGAGAUGAACAAGAGGUCAUUCAAGUAUGCAUGGGUGCUGGACAAGCUCAAGGCAGAGCGUGAGCGUGGUAUCACCAUCGAUAUCGCCCUGUGGAAGUUUGAGACCACAAAGUACUACUGCACUGUCAUUGAUGCACCUGGCCACAGGGACUUUAUCAAGAACAUGAUUACUGGUACUUCCCAGGCUGACUGUGCUGUUCUCAUCAUUGACUCCACCACUGGAGGUUUUGAAGCUGGUAUCUCCAAGGAUGGCCAGACCCGUGAGCACGCCCUUCUUGCCUUCACUCUUGGUGUGAAGCAAAUGAUUUGCUGUUGCAACAAGAUGGAUGCCACUACCCCCAAGUACUCGAAGGCAAGGUACGAUGAAAUCGUUAAGGAAGUUUCAUCCUACUUGAAGAAAGUCGGUUACAACCCCGACAAGAUCCCGUUCGUUCCCAUCUCUGGUUUUGAGGGUGACAACAUGAUUGAGAGGUCAACCAACCUUGACUGGUACAAAGGUCCGACCCUCCUUGAGGCCCUUGACCAGAUUAAUGAGCCCAAGAGGCCAACAGACAAGCCCCUACGUCUCCCUCUUCAGGAUGUCUACAAGAUUGGUGGUAUUGGAACUGUCCCUGUGGGUCGUGUUGAGACUGGUAUCCUCAAGCCCGGUAUGGUUGUGACCUUUGGUCCCUCUGGACUGACCACUGAGGUCAAGUCCGUCGAAAUGCACCACGAGGCUCUCCAAGAGGCUCUCCCGGGCGACAAUGUCGGGUUCAACGUGAAGAACGUUGCAGUCAAGGAUCUCAAACGUGGUUUUGUCGCCUCCAACUCCAAGGAUGAUCCAGCCAAGGAAGCAGCCAAUUUCACAUCACAGGUCAUCAUCAUGAACCACCCUGGUCAGAUUGGGAACGGUUAUGCACCGGUUCUCGACUGUCACACCUCCCACAUCGCUGUCAAGUUUGCGGAGAUACUAACAAAGAUAGACAGGAGGUCGGGUAAGGAGCUAGAGAAAGAGCCAAAGUUCUUGAAGAACGGGGAUGCUGGGUUUGUGAAGAUGAUACCGACAAAGCCCAUGGUGGUGGAGACAUUCUGGGAGUCCCCGCCAUUGGGACGGUUCGCCGUGAGGGACAUGCGCCAGACAGUGGCGGUGGGUGUCAUCAAGAGCGUGGAGAAGAAGGACCCCAGCGGUGCCAAGGUGACCAAGGCGGCCGCCAAGAAGGGUGCCAAGUGAACCGUGCAGCAGGAUGUCCCGUGCUACUGCCGCCACGGUAGCAAUAAAAUAUGUGUCUUACGUUAUGAUGGUUGUUUGGGUCAUUUUCCUUGGUUUUCGCAGAACUGGGUUCUGGACCGACGGUGGCAGUUGUGAUUUUUUGUGUUUGGGUUUGUUUUGUGUUCCUCUGUUUUUGCAGGUUGAUUAAAAACUUAUUUGUGGGUGUUUGGAUAAUUGUUUCUUUCCUCUGGUAUUUAUAGUUUGUUGAUUUGGAUAAAUU